UAGUAGGAUAUAAAAAUUUAACGUUUUCAUCAAUUUCGUGUGAAUUUUUAGGCGAGGAUAUAUUUUUAAAGGAUGGCUUUAAAAAUUUCCUCCACGCCCGACUUAAAUGUAAAUAUGCCAAAUAUCAUAAAAAUUGAAAAAUUGUUAAAUGACUCGGCAUAUAGUGAAUUGAUAGAGUUUAGUGCAAAUUUUAAUACACGAUUAUGUGUGGAGAGGAAGUUACGAUUGCCAUUUCUUGAUCCACAAACAGGCGUAGCACAAAAACAUUCAAAUCUUUAUAUGAAAAGGACACAGCGAAUGCCAGGAAUGCGCGAUGGUCAAAUCUAUUCAUACCCAUCGUUAAGGUGGAGAAAUAAAAGUAAUUCAUUGAAGCUUUCAAGUCGACCAUUUUUUCGAUUUCGUGCUAAUGAUAAUUGCCCGACAACGACAACGACGUCUAUGGUAACAUCAUUAAUUCCUCCAAAUCCAGUUUCAAGUAUAAAUUCAAAUAGUAAUUCACAACCUGCGACAACAAAUUCAAUUACUACUGCUACUGCUGAUGGAGAGGCUAGUGAUUUUCAAGCAUUAAUUGAUGAAUCAAAUUCAAUGACUGGUGCUGAUACAGACUCAAAAGAUAGUAGUCAAGAAGUUCCAAAAGAAUGGUAUUAUGAUGAUAUGAAUGAUAACGAUGCCGUGUCAGAGGAGCAGCCAGAUUCAGAUUUUGACUAUAACAUUAAUGGAUAUAAGAGAAAGAAAAAGGGGACAGUGAGGAAAGGAGCUAGUCGAAAAACAAAAGAUAAUUUUGGUGGAUCUGAGGAAGCUACUAGUAUACCGAAAAAGAGUCGAUCAAGUGGCAGUGGUGGACGAUCGGGAGCAUCAAGCAGUCGAAGUAGCCGAAGUAAGAAAGGAGGAACAUCAACGAGGUCAUCAAAGAACAAUAAAAGAGCACCAGAACCGCUAGAUAUCGAACCACCAUCAUUCGAUUCAGUCCAAGGUGACUUAAAAUUAAAUGACAACAGUGCUGAUAGCUUUGCAUAUCGAAAGUUUUUGAACUAAGCUUUGAUUCUUUUUCGAAUAGAUUUUAUUUCCCUUUUUUUUAUUUGUUAUU